AGGUGGGGAGAGGACAUGGCCCGGAUCCGGCCCCAGCUAUCAAAGGAGAAGAUCGAGGGCUGCCACAUCUGCACCUCUGUUACCCCGGGGGAGCCCCAGGUCCUCCUGGGGAAGGACAAGGCCUUCACCUAUGACUUUGUCUUCGACCUGGACACCUGGCAAGAGCAGGUGUACUCGACCUGUGUGAACAAGCUCAUCGAGGGCUGCUUCGAGGGCUACAAUGCCACCGUGCUGGCCUACGGGCAGACGGGUGCCGGCAAGACCUACACCAUGGGCACCGGCUUCGACGUGGCCGCGGCGGAGGAGGAGCAGGGCAUCAUCCCCAGGGCCAUCUCGCACCUCUUCUCGGGCAUCGCCGAGCGCAAGCGCCGGGCGCAGGCGCAGGGCCUGGCGGGGCCCGAGUUCAAAGUCAGCGCCCAGUUCCUGGAGCUCUACAACGAGGAGAUCCUGGACCUGUUCGAUUGCACCCGCGACCCCGACGCCCGCCACCGCAGGUCCAACAUCAAGAUCCACGAGGACGCCAAUGGCGGCAUCUACACCACAGGCGUCACUUCUCGCCUCAUCCACUCCCAGGAGGAGCUGAUCCAGUGCCUGAAGCAGGGCGCCCUGUCCCGCACCACGGCCAGCACCCAGAUGAACGUGCAGAGCUCGCGCUCCCACGCCAUCUUCACCAUCCACCUGUGCCAGAUGCGCCUGUGUGCCCAGCCCGACCUGGUGAGCGAGCUGAGCGGCCUUCCCGAGGGCACGGCCCCUGCGAGCGAGUACGAGACCCUCACCGCCAAGUUUCACUUUGUGGACCUGGCCGGCUCAGAGCGGCUGAAGCGGACGGGGGCGACCGGCGAGCGGGCCAAGGAGGGCAUCUCCAUCAACUGCGGCCUGCUGGCCUUGGGCAACGUGAUCAGCGCCCUGGGGGACCAGAGCAAGAAGGUGGUGCACGUGCCCUACAGGGACUCCAAACUCACGCGGCUCCUCCAGGACUCGCUCGGGGGCAACAGCCAGACCAUCAUGAUCGCCUGUGUGAGCCCCUCGGACCGAGACUUCAUGGAGACCCUGAACACGCUCAAAUACGCCAACCGGGCCCGCAACAUCAAGAACAAGGUGGUGGUGAACCAGGACAAGACCAGCCAGCAGAUCAGCGCGCUGCGCGCUGAGAUCGCCCGGCUGCAGAUGGAGCUCAUGGAGUACAAGGCGGGCAAGCGGGUGAUCGGGGAGGACGGCGCCGAGGGCUACAGCGACCUGUUCCGGGAGAACGCCAUGCUGCAGAAGGAGAACGGCGCGCUGCGGCUGCGGGUGAAGGCCAUGCAGGAGGCCAUCGACGCCAUCAACAGCCGCGUCACCCAGCUCAUGAGCCAGGAGGCCAACCUGCUCCUGGCCAAAGCCGGUGACGGCAAUGAGGCCAUUGGCGCGCUGAUCCAGAACUACAUCCGGGAGAUCGAGGAGCUGCGGACGAAGCUGCUGGAGAGCGAGGCCAUGAACGAGUCCCUCCGCCGCAGCCUCUCGCGGGCCUCGGCCAGGGGCACCUACUCCCUGGGUGCUGCCUCGGCCGCCCCGGCCUUUGGGGGCAGCCCGGCCAGCUCCAUGGAGGAUGCCACCGAGGUGAUCCGCAGGGCCAAGCAGGACCUGGAGCGGCUGAAGAAGAAGGAGGUCAGGCAGCGGAGGAAGAGCCCGGAGAAGGAAGCCUUCAAAAAGAGGGCGAAGCUCCAACAGGAGAACAGCGAGGAGACGGAUGAGAAUGAGGCAGAGGAGGAGGAGGAAGAGCGGGACGAGAGUGGCUGUGAGGAGGAGGAAGGGCGCGAGGACGAAGACGAGGACACGGGCAGCGAGGAGAGCCUGGUGGACUCGGACUCGGACCCCGAGGAGAAGGAGGUGAACUUCCAGGCGGACCUGGCCGACCUGACGUGCGAGAUCGAGAUCAAGCAGAAGCUGAUCGACGAGCUGGAGAACAGCCAGCGGCGGCUGCAGACGCUCAAGCACCAAUACGAGGAGAAGCUGGUCCUGCUGCAGAACAAGAUCCGCGACACGCAGCUGGAGCGCGACCGCGUGCUGCAGAACCUCAGCACCAUGGAGUGCUACACGGAGGAGAAGGCCAACAAGAUCAAGGCGGACUACGAGAAGCGGCUGCGGGAGAUGAACCGCGACCUGCAGAAGCUGCAGGCGGCGCAGAGGGAGCAUGCCCGGCUGCUCAAGAACCAGUCGCGCUACGAGCGGGAGCUGAAGAAGCUGCAGGCCGAGGUGGCGGAGAUGAAGAAGGCCAAGGUGGCCUUGAUGAAGCAGAUGCGCGAGGAGCAGCAGCGGCGGCGGCUGGUAGAGACCAAGAGGAACCGGGAGAUCGCACAGCUCAAGAAGGAGCAGCGGCGACAGGAGUUUCAGAUCCGCGCUCUGGAGUCCCAGAAGCGGCAGCAGGAGAUGGUCCUGAGGAGGAAGACGCAGGAGGUGUCCGCGCUGCGGCGCCUGGCCAAGCCCCUGUCGGAGCGGGCGGCGGGGCGUGCGGGGCCGAAGCCUGCCCUGCAGGACUCGGGGGCCGAGGUGUCGGCCAGCACCACCUCCUCCGAGGCCGAGUCCGGCGCCCGCUCCGUGUCCAGCAUUGUGCGCCAGUGGAACCGCAAGAUCAACCACUUCCUGGGCGACCACCCGGCGCCCGCCGCCAGCGGCUCCCGCCCUGCCCGAAAGAAGUUCCAGAAGAAGGGGGCCGGCCAGAGCUUCAGCAAGGCCGCCAGGCUCAAGUGGCAGUCCCUGGAGCGGCGCAUCAUCGACAUCGUCAUGCAGAGGAUGACCAUCGUCAACCUGGAGGCCGACAUGGAGCGCCUCAUCAAGAAAAGGGAGGAGCUGUUCGUCCUGCAGGAGGGGCUGCGCAGGAAGCGGGAGCGGCUGCAGGCUGAGAGCCCCGAGGAGGAGAAGGGGCUGCAGGAGCUGGCGGAGGAGAUCGAGGCGCUGGCGGCCAACAUCGACUACAUCAACGACAGCAUCGCCGACUGCCAGGCCACCAUCGUGCAGCUGGAGGAGACCAAGGAGGAGCUGGACUCCACAGACACCUCGGUGGUCAUCAGCUCCUGCUCCCUGGCCGAAGCCCGCCUGCUGCUGGACAACUUCCUCAAGGCGUCCAUCGACAAGGGGCUGCAGGUGGCACAGAAGGAGGCCCAGAUCCGUCUGCUGGAGGGCCGGCUGCGGCAGACGGACAUGGCGGGCCCCUCCCAGAACCACCCGCUGCUGGACGCGCUGCGGGAGAAGGCGGAGGCGCACCCCGAGCUGCAGGCACUCAUCCACAACGUGCAGCAGGAGAACGGCUAUGCCAGCACGGACGAGGAGGUCUCGGAGUUCUCCGAGGGCAGCUUCUCCCAGUCCUUCACCAUGAAAGGCUCCACUAGCCACGACGACUUCAAGUUCAAGGGCGAGCCCAGGCUGUCGGCCCAGAUGAAGGCCGUGUCGGCCGAGUGCCUGGGCCCCCCGCUGGACAUCUCCACCAAGAACAUCACCAAGUCCCUGGCCUCCCUGGUGGAGAUCAAGGAGGACGGAGUGGGCUUCUCCGUCCGGGACCCCUACUACCGGGACAAGGUCUCGCGCACUGUCAGCCUGCCCACUCGGGGCAACACGUUCCCCCGGCAGUCUCGAGGCUCGGAGACGUCCCCCCUGACGAGACGGAAGUCGUAUGACCGAGGGCAGCCCAUCAGAAGCACGAGUACUGAGCUGGGGAUCACAAACCCCCGUCAUCCCCCCACCGGCCCCCGCAACGACCGCAAUGCUUUCUCCCGUCUCACCAGCAACCAGAGCCAGGGCUCGGCGCUGGACAAGUCUGAUGACAGCGACUCCUCUUUGUCGGAGGUCCUGAGGGGCGUCAUCUCCCCGGUCGGAGGAGCCAAGGGUGCACGGACGGCCCCGCUGCAGUGCGUCUCCAUGGCCGAGGGCCACACCAAGCCCAUCCUCUGCCUGGACGCCACGGACGAGUUACUGUUCACAGGCUCCAAAGACCGCAGCUGCAAGAUGUGGAACUUGGUGACCGGGCAGGAGAUCGCGGCCCUCAAGGGCCACCCCAACAACGUGGUCUCCAUCAAGCACUGCAGCCACUCGGGGCUCGUGUUCUCCGUGUCCACCUCCUACAUCAAAGUCUGGGACAUCCGGGACUCGGCCAAGUGCGUCCGGACCCUCACGUCCUCGGGCCAGGUGAUCUCAGGUGACGCCUGCGCCGCCGCAUCCACCCGCGCCAUCACCAGCGCGCAGGGGGAGCACCAGAUCAACCAGAUCGCGCUCAGCCCCUCGGGCACCAUGCUGUACGCAGCCUCGGGCAACGCCGUGCGCGUCUGGGAGCUGAGCCGGUUCCAGCCCAUCGGCAAACUGACCGGCCACAUCGGCCCCGUGAUGUGCCUGACGGUCACCCAGACUGCCAGCCAGCACGACCUCGUGGUGACCGGCUCCAAGGACCACUACGUCAAGAUGUUCGAGCUGGGCGACUGCGUGACGGGCACCAUCGGCCCCACGCACAACUUCGAGCCGCCGCACUACGACGGCAUCGAGUGUCUCUCCAUCCAGGGGGACAUCCUGUUCAGUGGCUCCCGGGAUAACGGCAUCAAGAAGUGGGACCUGGACCGGCAGGAGCUCAUCCAGCAAAUCCCCAACGCGCACAAGGACUGGGUGUGCGCCCUGGCCUUCGUCCCCGGCCGCCCCAUGCUGCUGAGUGCCUGCCGUGCGGGCGUCAUCAAGGUCUGGAACGUGGACAACUUCACGCCCAUCGGCGAGAUCAAGGGCCACGACAGCCCCAUCAAUGCCAUCUGCACCAACGCCAAGCACAUCUUCACAGCCUCCAGCGACCUGACGGUGAAGUUCUGGAGCGUGCGGCGCCCUCCCCACGGCGGCCCACCCUAGGAGCGAGGUCGCAGGGACGCCCGGACCCUCGACCCCGGCAGCCUGGACCGCACGGAAGGGCAGCUGGGGCCCGGCCUGGCGGGGCGCUGCCUUGGGGACAGGGGCGCGGGCCGUGGCUGCGGCCCCCUCUUCUGUUCCCCCACCUCCCCGGGGGUGCUGUUUCCCCAGUCCCUCCCCUGCUUCUGGAAGCCUCUGGGGGAGGGGGGCUGGGGAGGAAAUUAAGCUGUGAAGCCAAAGGGCAUUAUCCCCUCUGUGCCUCUCCCUGCGUCCCAGACUCCCGCCCGUCACCCAGCACCAGUCACAUGUCCCCUGCUGAGCCGGCCCUGCCCUCCGUCCUGGCCUUUGGCCCAGCGGGAGGCCCUGGGGGAGGUGAGGCAGCCCAGCCCCCAUCGUGCCCUCCGGAGCUGGCCUCCCCCCACGCCCCCAGCCACCCUCUGGAGCCACUGCACCUGCCUAUGAGCCCAAAAAGCCAGUCCUCAGGUAACCAUGGAGAUCAGGUGUAGGCAGCUGGGCCUCGCAGCUGCCCCCCGGCCCUGUGGCCACAGUGAGUCCCAGGUGGCCCCAGCGAUUUCCUGGGGUCCCUUUCUGAUGGGCCCAGGGGGAGCUGCCAGAAAGAUUCCUUCGGGGAGAUGCUCAGAAAUACUUCAGUUAUUUAUUGGCUUUUUAUUUUGUUUUAUUUUGGGUUUUUUUGCUGUUGCCUCCUGGAAACUGACUUGAAGUUUCUUCCCACAUGUUCUCUCCCUCAGCUCUUGGGGACCAGGGACCCCAAAGGGAGUCCGCUGCCCCGGCCUCCAGUGCCGCCGCCUCUGCUUGCUCUGCAGAGGAGGGCCAGGCCCCUCGGCUCCCUGCAGCUCGCGCCUGUCCCCGACACCGCCCGGGGACCCUGCUAGCGCACCCCUGGCCUCCAGGCCGCCUGGCGCUUCAGUGCCUUCCUCCAUCCUGGGCCUGGCGCCAGCCUCGCCCGCGGCACCGCUCGUGUCUUCUCGCUCCCGGGGCCCCGGGCCGGGGCGCCCGCUCCCCAGAGCCCUGUGUGGGCCACGCAGGAGGCAGCUUGGCGGACUGUGUCCACCGGGAAGUGGCUUGGGCGGGGGGACCGCCCAGCACCCUGUACCCCCGCAGUCCACCUGUGUUUCCACCCCCACCAGGACAGGAAGCGUCCUCCGCUUCUUUACUGGGGACAGAACCCUCCGGUUAUUCAGGAGAUGCAUUUUCAGCCUUAAAACCGGCGCGGGGCCCCGGGCGCUCCCUGGUAGGAAGGAGGCUCUUCAUCAAGUUUCUCUCCUCCGGGGCUGAGACUCAGCUCUGGGCAGGUGGCUAAGUCGGUGUUGGGGCGCCCCCUGUUGGGGCGACUCCGCAUCUGCAGGAGUGGGCGUGGGGGGGCGGCCUGGCCACAGGCUUCUCUGUUGCACCCCUGGUCUCCUGUGUCCCGGCCGGGAACCCCAGCUCCGCUCAGAGGACGCAGUGACUUUUGGACUUUCUGGAGGUGGCUCUGUUUCUGCCCUUAGUGCAGGGCAGCUGGAGCCUGCUCCCUGGGGCCCCUGGUGUGGGCGGGGCCAGGCCCCAGUGGGCGGGGUCAGGCCCCAGUGGGCGGGGCCUGUCCUCCUUUCCCCCCACACACCCUCCUCGGAGCCGGAGCCGCCCCGAGGCCUAGGUCAGGACACGCCCUCGGCGCUGGUCUCCUGGAACCUGACAGUCUCUCGGUGACUGGAAGCCCUUCUUCCUUGGCCACCCCGGGGUGCUGGGCCACCCGAGUAGCACUCAGGAGUGACCACAGUCUACUCACUCCUCUUCCGUCCCUUCCUACCUGAACGGAAACUUUCGACCUUGCAGCCUGCAAGAAAGGAUCUGUCCGCACGUCGGCCUGGGCCCUGCUCCCCCCAGGGCCUGGGACGCCCGCCGGGCGACUGUACCUUGGCUGCAAGGCCUGGUCUUGCAGGAGGUGGGAGCCGCGACCCCCGCAAGGUGCUCACCGGCGUUGCCCAUUCUCUGCUGUUUCCAGUGGGUCAGCUACCUCACGGCGGGCCGGCUCUGCUGUCCGGCGAGUGCCAUCGACUCUAAACUUGAAGUCCUUCGGGAACCCUGAGCCCGUCACCCCUGAGCCACCCCGGUAGUGCUCCACGGACGGACGUUGGAGUCUCGGCCCACUGACUGUUUCAGGGACGUCCAGGGUACGCAGUUAGGGGCAGGCCCCCAGCUCCUCCCGCUGCACAAGCAUCCUCGGUGUGGGAAGCACAAAGUGGUUGUGAUUCGAGCACAAUGGCCGGGCUCCUGCAGGCCGUCUUGGCAGACCUGGGCCCAGGAAGGUCCUCCCAAGAGACCCUGUGUCCAAAGUUAGGUUAGGGUCGCCCGUGUUGGGGGAGGGGCUGCCCUUGCUCAGACCAGGGCUUGGCUCAGGGCUUGUCCUCAAUCUGGGACUUGUUACUUCUGACCCCUCUGUGCGCGCCCUGAGACUGGAGGCUGAGAAGUGGCAGCAAAGCCACGUCUGAGUGUCAUGAGCCCAGGGGCAGAGCCCUCUCUAGACCCCGCACCCCGAAUCUAUAAACGCCUGAGCUCAGGCUGCACCCCAGCCCUGUUGAGCCUGCAGCGCCUGGACUCAGCUCCCCUGUCUCCCGGGCUGAGCCCCACUGGUGCUUUGGAAACGGAUCGGCGAGUCCCCAAUGGAAGGCAUCUCCCCUCUCCACUGCGCUUGCACCUUCUCAGCACGGGACCCCGCUGUCAGUAUUAACCAGUUCCGUGUUUGCUUGUGUGUGACUGACUCCUCCGCGGCGGCCGGCAUUGUGGAAGGCGGCACCUGGCGUUGCCGUGCAGGUUGCCAAGGAAGGAGGACAGGCUGUGGGGUGGAGGCGGGCGCACCCAAGCCUUCGAGGUGGUCAGGGUGCCACCUUCAGCCCCCCCCCCGGGAAGGGGCCCCACCCAACUCCAGCCUAGGAAACCCCCCACCCUCGGCCGCCCAGCCCUUCUGCCUGCCUAGGGCCGUGUGGCUCGGGCAGACAGAAGUUUAAAGCACAAAACCACCGUGGGGCGGACGCCAGGUCACUGGGAUAUGGCGAAGACGCAGGUGGGCAGGUGGCUACUGUGAUGUCAGAGAACAUGAUGCUUUUUGCUCUGCUCUCUCCCAGCUCUUGGGGGACAUCCCUGAAGCCAUCUGGGCUGGGAGCAGGCACACUCCCUCGGAGGCUUAGCCCGCCCAGCCCUGCCUGUGCCCGGCUGCGUUUGUGUGGGCAGAGCCUGCCCGGCAGGAGCGGCAAGCUCCUUCCUGCUGUGUGGCCCGCACCUGUGGUGUCUGUCCCUUUGCCAUCCCAAACAGGGACUGCUGCUGCUCUGUUUGCCUGGCACGGCUUCCUGGCCGAUGGCCACUGCCCCCGACAGGCCUCCCUGGGCCUGGCCCUCCUCCCCUGGCCCCCAGAUCCCUCCCUGCCCCCUGUGUGCAAGGGCAGAAUCUAAAAGGAAAGUUCUGUUUCUUCUUCGGCAUCUUUGUUACGACCCCCACCCCCUGCCGGUCCCCAGCACCCCGAUGGCCCCACCGCCUCCACCACACCCUCGGUUAGUCCUUUGAACCCCUGUCCUGAGGGCCUUGCAGGGAAGUAGGAAGUAGAGACUGCGCCACAAACAGCUGAGGGUCAGAGAAGACCCUGCCGUGCACGGGGCCGCCCCGCCCACCAGCUCUUUUCUAGCGAUCCCCUGCCCCUGCGAUCCUGGAACCCUGCGACCACAGGGUUCCCUUGGCUCGUGCUGUCCUCGGCGCCGUGGUAGCACCAGGUGUAAAUAUGUUUUGUACCUCUGUGGCAGCUGUACAUAUGUAUGAAAGUUAUUUAAGCCUCACGCUGUACAUUUCUGUUCCUAGGUCGGGUGUGUGUGUUCUAAAAAGUUGUCAUAAAUAAAACCCGAAUGACCAUUGUCUGUGGA